GUGUGUAUCAUGCAUAUGAUCUCAUUGUAUAUAGCUAAACACUACAGUCUCAGUCAGUACUUGAAGUUAAUAUUUUCUUUCUAUCUUUAUUUAGGACAUUAACUUAAAUUAGAGGCUUUUAUUAUAUUUAACUUUUUGGACCAGGACUUUACAAACCACUGACUGGCAUCAUACUGCUUCAAGUAUUUUAACUACAAAGAUUCUUCUAACAUAUUUUCUUGUUUCAUUGCUCAAGUUUGGAUCAGGAACUUCAUUCCACCUGAUCUCUUCAGGAGGUCAACCAUACUCCUCAAAUUUCUGUCCCCUUGUCCCCCUCCAAGGCAGCAGUCAUGAAUUGGAAUUGGCUGGAGGACCUCAUCAGUGGGGUCAACAAUUACUCCACAGUGUUCGGUCGGGUCUGGCUCUCAGUGGUCUUCAUCUUCCGGGUGAUGGUGUUUGUGGUGGCGGCUCAGCGAGUGUGGGGUGAAGAGAGCAAAGAUUUUGAAUGCAACACUAAACAGCCAGGCUGCACCAACGUGUGCUACGACCACUUCUUCCCCAUCUCCCACAUCCGCCUGUGGGCCCUGCAGCUCAUCUUCGUCACAUGCCCGUCGCUGAUGGUUGUUGCCCAUGUCAAAUAUCGAGAGAUGAAGGACUUAAAGUACACCACCACCCAUGAGGGUAAACACGUGUAUGCCCGCCCUGGGAAGAAACGUGGAGGGCUGUGGUGGACAUACCUGGUAAGAAUGAAGGGUGCUAAAGUUUAAUUCCACUGUUAUUGUGUAUGCCACACAUGGAAGGAGAUUUGCAAUUAUAAUGUAUGAGCAACAAGCUUCACCAAACUGAUGUGAAGUUGUGUGACUUUGCAAGAGUGGUCUACGAUAAUGCAAAUUUUGGUAUCUAUCAAUAUCAAGUAUUGCAAAGACAUUCAGAUAUUUUUCACAGUGUAUGUCUGAUGUAUUUUUUGUAUUUCUAAAUAUAUAUAUACUGAACUUAGAGGAUAGAAACAAAGUACAGAUCAUAUCACCCUAGUAUCGAUCUGAUACUGAAAGAAACUGGUUCUAUGCUUUCAAAGCUUCCUUUAAACAGCCAUAUAAU